AUGUACCUUGUCACCAUGCUUGGGAACCUCCUCAUCAUCUUGACCAUCAUCUCUGACUCCCACCUCCACACUCCCAUGUAUUUCUUCCUCUCCAACCUGUCCUUUGUCGACAUCGGCUUCACCUCCACCACUGUCCCGAAGAUGCUGGUGAACAUCCAGGCACAGAGAAAAGACAUCUCCUACAUAGGAUGCUUCACUCAGCUCUAUUUUUUUAUAACUUUUGCUUUACUGGACGGUUUGCUCCUGACUGUGAUGGCCUAUGACCGGUUUGUGGCCAUCUGCCACCCGCUGCACUACAUGGUCAUCAUGAACCCACACCUCUGUGUCCUCCUGGUUCUGAUGUGCUGGUUUACUGCGGUCUCCUUGUACUACGGGACAAGCCUGGGUGUCUACUUCAGUUCUGCUGUGACCCAUUCUUCCCACAAAAGCUCGAUUGCCUCAGUGAUGUACACUGUGGUCACCCCCAUGCUGAACCCCUUCAUCUACAGCCUGAGGAACAAGGAUUUAAAGGGGGCCCUGGGAAGGCUCCUCCACCAUGCUGCCUCUUGUCUGUCAUGGGUCACUGGCCUCAGAACAAAGUGA